CCCACUUCCUGGAAUCUACGGGUUGGGCUGGCGUAUCACGAGCUGGAAAUAGCGGUUCUCAGUGAGGGACAGAUCAAAGAGACAGUGAGGUCCUCACAAUGACAGAACGGGUAAACAAUUUCCCUCCGCUGCCUCGAUUCAUUCCCAUCAAACCCUGCUUCUACCAGAAUGUGGAGGAAGAGAUCCCACCCCAGCAUCGCCAGCUGAUUCGACGAGUGUACAACCUCUGGAUCUUGUAUUCUAUCACACUGUGUGUGAACGUGGUGUCGUGUAUAGCCUGGUGGGCAGGUGGUGGCAGUGGGGUGAAUUUCGGCCUCUCAUUGCUCUGGCUCAUCCUCUUCAGCCCUUGUAGUUACGCCUGCUGGUUCAGACCUCUCUACAAGGCCUUUCGGGCAGACAGUUCUUUCAACUUCAUGGCUUUCUUCUUCAUCUUCUUCCUUCAGUGUGUCCUUGUCAUCAUCCAGGCUGUGGGUAUCUCUGGCUGGGGGGCCUGUGGCUGGAUCGUCUCGGUGAUGUUCUUCAGGUAUAAUGUGGGCUCGGCUGUCGUCAUGCUCAUCUCUGCCCUGCUCUUCACUCUGGUGGCCAUAUUGAUGGGGCUGGUACUCAUCCGAGUGCACCGUCUGUACCGCGGCGGGGGUGGCAGUCUUCAGCGCGCACAAGAAGAAUGGAGCAGCGGCGCCUGGAAGAGCGCCCCCGUCAGGGAUGCUGGCAUCAAUGCCAUCUCUGUGAGUGGGCCCAGCCUGCCUCAGUACCCUGCAGCCGUGCCCAGCUACCCUGACAAUGGCCCCUGGUGAUACCUGAGCUGGACACUGGAGGGAGACAUAGAGCUCUCCAGCCACAAUGACAAAAGCCGUCUCUGACCUGGUCCACUUUCCUACAACACUUUAAUACACGGAGGUUAGAACACUACUCUAAAAAAGAAUUACAUUUGACAAGGACAAGAAUCAUUUAUCAAUAGAAUUAAGGCCACUGCUUCCUAAUCUGGUUGAGAUUCCAAAUGUUACAGCUCUACUGAGCUGAAACUAUCACUGGAAAACAUUCCAGACAUUUUUACUCAAACUCUUAUUUAUAACAUAGAGAGACUGCUUGGAACAUGAAAAAGAACACACUCCAGUCUUUAUCAUUCCAUAGUUUGUUUACAUCAUAUGGAGAGAACAG